CACUCACUGUAAUCCACCAUGCUUUGGUUCUGACUUCUCCCGUUACUUAAGUUUCCGUGCUGCCCUCAACUCCCCCAUCUCCAGUGAAGCGUGAGUGCGUGUGCCAGCAUAUGGUCACUGCCACACAAAGGAGAGCAGUAGGCCACGAAUGCUGCGCCUCCACCCGUCUUUCAUUACCUUUCUGUCUCGUUGGCUCUGCCCCCCUCCCCUCUCCCCAACGGCCAUGCCGGCCACCUGGCUGGUGCUAGGGUGUCGCUUUCCUGGCUCGGGGGAAGGCAAAGAGGUUUUUUCUUAUUGUAGGGGGAGUUUGUGUGCAUUGGAAACGUGAUGGUAACCUUCUGGGAUCCAAAGAGCUCCAGCGAGCUUGUUCUGUGUGCCAUAACCUACUCCUAGCAGCCGGGGAUGGUGCUUCAUCUGGCCAUCCAGGCGGCUCGAGCAGGGGAUCUUGCAACCCUGAGGGAGCUUGCGUCCUGUGGUCACCUCUCACCAGACAUCGCCGAUGCCCAAGGUGCCAGCCCAGUGCACCACGCGGCCAGGUGUGGACGCCUGGAGUGCCUGCAGUUCCUGGUGAGUGAGCUGGGUCUGGCAGCCGAUCCCCGGGCCUUGAACAGGGCCACGCCGGCACAUGAUGCAGCAGCUACUGGCCACCUUCGGGAGCUGCGGUGGCUGGUGGACCAGGCAGGCUGCAACAUCGAGGACAGGGAUGCCGCUGGUGCCACAGCCCUUCACCUCGCAGCUCGCUUUGGUUGUGUGGAGGUCAUUAAGUGGCUGCUCUCUGUUGGAGGAGCGGCAGAGGCGGAGACAAACUGUGGAGCAGUUCCCGCUCACUACGCUGCAGCCAAAGGGGACCUCGCCUGUUUAAAACGACUCGUUGGGCAGGCACCUGGGUGUGUGAACCACCAGACAGGUAUCGGUGCUACCCCGCUGUACUUGGCCUGCCAGGAAGGGCAUCUGCAUGUUGUAGAGUACCUCGUGAAGGACUGGGGGGCGGACGUCCACCUGAGGGCUCACGAUGGCAUGACCUGCCUGCAUGCUGCUUCUCACAUGGGCCACCAAGCUGUGGUUCUGUGGCUGCUGACCUGUACUGAUGUCAGCCCGGCCUGCCAGGACAGGGAUGGAGCGACUGCUAUGCACUUUGCUGCCAGCGGGGGGCACUGUCGCAUCUUGGAGAGGCUGCUUCACAUGGGUUCAAAGGUCAUCAAGGAUUACUGGGGAGGGACCCCACUUCAUGAUGCUGCAGAGAAUGGAGAGCUGGAGUGCUGUAAAAUCCUGUUAGUCAAUGAAGCGAACCCCUCAGAUCAAGAUAUCGAUGGGUUCACAGCGGCAGACCUGGCAGAGUACAACGGACACUGUGAAUGUGCCAGAUAUCUCCGCGCCAUGGAGAAAAUCACACUCUGUGCAGAUAAGCCCACGGAGGUUUUCCCUCCACUGGAGGAAGAGAGGCCUACUGUGUUAUUGCAGCGCAGCAGGGAGGACUACUACGGCUGCCUGAGUGACACAUGCAGUAACACACCCAUGGAUAGUUUGAAGCAACCUGAGAGUGAGGAGUCCCCGCAGGCCCGAUACCCUCAGCCUCCUCCUGCACCUCUUUUAGCUUCAGCUUCAUCCACAACUGCCCAGCCACAGAAAACCACUGUCAGCAGAAUAGAGCAGGUUCAAAUUGCAACAUCUGUUAUUAAAGGUUUCAAUCAGCCCAAGUCCGCUGGGAGUAGGAUAAAUGUCUCUGCUGAUAAGACAAUGUUGCCUGAUGCAAACCUCCUGGCGGAAAGAAAACUUCUUGGGGACAUGAAGUCCAUUAACUCUUUGAAGCAAUCGGGGAUAUCAGGAAUCUUCACUGGACAAGCAAAUAAAAUGGUAGUCCUGCCAACUGAAGAGGCCAACCUGUCGGACAUCGACUACCUGGUGCCCACCCAUGACGAGAGAGGCCGUCCCAUUGCUGAGUGGAAGAGGCAAGUCAUGGUGAGACAGCUACAGGCCAGGCUGCUGGAUGAGGAGGAUCAGAGGAGGAAGGAAAAUGGGAACAGAUAUGCCAAAGUCAGCUGGAGGUACUCCCAAGCCCACAAUGCCAUCCUGGGGCCCUCUGGUGAGCUGCUUACUGAGGAUGACCUCAUCUAUCUGGAGCAGCAGAUUGCCAACGUCUCCAUGCAGAGGAACUGUGAAGGCUACGAGCUGGAGCUGGCUCGUCUAGCCGAGGAGCUGAGGCACAUCCUGCCAGCACCCAUCGUCAACAUCACCGUCAACACACAGUUCCGAAACUUCACAAGUCAAGUUCCUCUACCUCUGUGGUGCGGCCGCAUCUCAGGCAUCGUAAAGAGCAUGUCCCUGCUCAUGACCAACCUGACAGACCAGCCCUACUGCAAGAUGCCCAACACUGACCUGAUCACAGUGUUCUCUCAGACCCCAGACAGACAGAACUCCACCAGAGGACGCAGGGAGAGGAUAGAGGAUGAAAUCCAUCAGUUUGGAGUGUCUGUGAGGACUCUGAAGUCAAAUUUUGAAACACAGAGCUCACCUUUGUCAGAUGAGCCAGAGGAAGCUGUUGUGUUAAGUUCUUCCACACAGCUUGAGGCCACAGAUUCAGACAAACAGCCUAAAGUCUUGAAUCCAGCCCAAGAAACAGACCAGAACAGUGACUCUGGCAUUGACUAUGAUGAAAAUCUUGCAGGUGUUCUGGAAACCACCAGCCUUAGAAAAGAGCGUAUAGUUGUGCUGUUCUUAGGCCACUGGAAGAAAUCUACCUACACUGUGACACUGAAGAGCAAGGAUGCAGCAGAGAGGAAGGUGAGUGGCGGCAACCCAGGGAUGGGUGACAAAUCGGGGUCAGAUCAUAGAGGCAGCGUGGAGAGCGCCCAGUCAAAGAUGAUGAACAGUUCUCUGGGACACUUCUUCAAGCAGAGGAGUGCUGUCAACAAGAUGCUGGGAAACUGGAGGAGCAUGAUCUCUAGUGUCCCAUCCAGACAGAUUCGCAGGCUCCACAGGCAGAAAGCCCUCUACUCCCCAGAGCAGUUCCUACCUCGUCUGCAUGGCGCCUCUGUGGAGUAUGACAACCUGACCUUGGAUCUCUUCAUGCUGGGCUACUUUCACAUCCUGGAGUUGGAGCUGCCUGUAGAUGAACGCAAAAUGAGGCACCUGCUAUGUUUCGAGGUGUUCGACCAUGUCGGGGGGUUUCCCUGGGAGUUGGUCAGGGACUUUCAUAAGGCUGUCAUACAGGACAUUGAGGCUGGAAACCGUGAGUGGAAGGACGGCUUUGAGGACAUUAAAGUAAAGUUCUUUGGAAACACCGGGAACCAGUCUGAAAGCUGUGCAGAAGGUGUAAAAGAUAGCCUCCCAGAGGUCAGACAGGUCCCUAAAGUCAUUGUACAGACACCUACGCCCGAUGAGGGAACACUCUACAGUGGCACUGACAUUUCCAGUUUUAGCAAUGAAGAGAUUUGCAAAUACAUUGACCGUAGUUUUGCUUUUUGGAAAGAAAAAGAGGCAGAGAUUUUUGAUUUUGAGUAGUUUCAUGUGUCAUUUUUUUG